UCCGGUUUAAUGUUUGUGACGCUCUCAGUUCAGUUCCACUUUGUCUCAGUUCCUAUCGUAAGGCUGUGUCUCAGUUUAUAAAGUCCUCAAACUCCUAAUUCCUUUGUGGAGUAAAAAUCUGUUUUGACUUCCAAACCGAGUCAAUGUGCCCUACUCUCGUUAAACUAUAAUCCAGAGGUUUUAGAUAACUGUGGACAGUAAACUAGAGUUCGACAAAUCAGGAGAACCCAUGUGUGACAUGUGUAAUGACGAGUAAUGUGCAGUUGUUGUACUGUGUGGGCUUAGCUAUAUUACUAGAUCUAGAUUCUAGACUAGAUCUAUUACUAUUAAUGUAAACAGUGUAGUUUAAAGUGGAGCCGGAGCUCGAACUGGAAGACUUGUUUAUCAACGGUGAAGGCCAAAUUUAUUGAAAUUCGAAGCCCUGCUGAUAUUCAAUGAUAUUGAUUGACAUUGCUAUUUUCCGAUUAUUGAGAUCAUGUAACUGAAGAGGAGAGCACACCUAAGGCCAAGUGACAUCGAACGGACGCAUACCACUUGAUCUACACCACACCUUGCUUGCCUCCCCCAGGAUAAAAAUGGCUGAAAAAUUCGAAGCCCUAGAACAACAGCUUGAGCUGUUUAUUGAGAACACUCGACAGAUGGGAAUCAUUGUCAGUGAUUUCCAGCCUCAAGGCCAGAAUGUCUUGAACCAAAAAAUUCAGACGAUGGUGACCGAGCUGAAUGAGAUAGACAAACUGAGGACUCAAAUUCAAGAUGUUCAAGUCCCUCUUGAGGUGUUUGACUAUAUUGACCAGGGCAGAAACCCGAGCCUUUACACCAAAGACUGCCUGGAGAAGGCCUUGGCUAAGAAUGAACAAGUGAAGGGAAAAACAGAUAGCUUGAAGAGAUUCAAAGCCAUGUUGCUUCAGGAAUUAUCUAAAGUAUUUCCCAGUGAGAUUGAGAUGUACCGAGCUUUGAAACUUGGACGUGGACCGACGUAGACGCAUAGUCUUGUCAUUGUUAUUUUGCUUUGGUUACAGUGUCCUUGGCUUAUAGUGGGGUAGCAGCUCAAGUAUUGUAAUUUGGGGUUUUGGCGAAAAACAAUUUUUUUAUUCCAAGGCUGUGAGAAGCUCUGUGGUAACACCUCUAAUCUGUGGCUCUCUGACCUUAUAGUGUUACUGCAAGUACAGUAAACCUUUGACUAAAACUAAAGCACUGGGAAUUGGCACAUGCCCUGUAAAAAACUCAAAAUUAGUGCACAUUUUUGGGUGGUCGUUGAAAUUGGAAUUCUUGGUAUUGUUGAUGGAUAUAGAGAUGAAAAAUCAAUUGUUGUUGUGGGUGGGGGGGGGGGGGGGUUGUUUUGU